ACAGCAAGGAUGACACCCCGAACAGACUGAUACCCUUUCAUCUCCCAUCCUCCCAGCAUGAUGUCAAUAAGAGGCUGAUAGGAAACUCGGCCUUCUGCAAAGAAACACCUUCUCUUCGCUGCCCUAAAGAAGGCAGCUGAUCCCACGUGCCAGGAAGAUGGAGCCAAGCUUGCUGAUGUGGGGAAUCUCUACAUUCAUCACAGUAUCUGGCUACAUGACAGACCUUUGUGAUGAUAACCCGCCAAACCUCAAGCACGCCACAUACAAAGCUCUCGAAUACAAGACGGGCACAAUGUUAAACUGCGGAUGUGAGAGAGGCUUCCGCAGACUAAGAAACUUCAUGCGUUGUGCAGGAAACUCUAGCCACGCUUCCUGGGAAAACAAAUGCCAAUGCAUAAGUACAUCCUCCAGGAGCACAGAAGGACAAGUUACUCAUAAACCCAAAGAACAGAAGGAAAUGCAGAGCCAAACGCCGCCCAUGGACCAAGGUAACCUUCUAGGUCACUGCAGGGAGCCUCCUUCCUGGGAACAUGAAGAUUCAAAGAGAAUCUACCACUUUGUGGUGGGGCAGACGGUUCGCUACCAGUGCGCGCAGGGAUUCAGGGCCCUGCGGCGAGGUUCUGCCGAGAGCGUCUGCAAAACCAUCUCAGGGAAGACCCAGUGGACACAGCCCCAGGUCAAGUGCAUAAGUGAAAGGAAUAACGGUUGGUUUCCAGAGGACGAAGAAGAGCCUCAAGCAAGCACCCAUGCUCCUCCUGGGAGAGACACUUCCUGGCCCUUGGUAACAACAAGUGCUACAGAUUUCCACAAGCACACAGAAGUGGCUACCACCAUGGAGUCGUUCAUAUUCACAACCGAGUAUCAGAUAGCAGUGGCCGGCUGCAUUCUCCUGUUCAUCAGUGUCCUCCUUCUGAGCGGGCUCACCUGGCGGCGGAGAUGGAGGAAGCAUAGAAGAACAAUCUAGAAAACCAGGGGUGGUAAGAAGCCAAGAACAGCUCACAGAAGUCAUAAAGCACAAGCAAAAUCAAAGAAGUGGAACACUCACCCAAGAGCCAUCUCCCGUGAUCUCUUCAGUUUUGGAAAACUCUGAAGUCACAUGCUGACACACUGGGCAACUGCAACCUCAUGACAAAACCAGCUCGGUAGUAUCAAUGAGUGAACUCGACCUGCUUCUCAGCAGCAGUUCCAAGGUCACUGGAAGAACAGGAAAGAACCGCCAGAACUGUAGGUCUUACUUUCACGUCGACAUGGUCAUUCAAGCUUGAAUAGCAUGGGACUCUGUCCACACCAUAUAUGGUAUAAAGAACAGUGGCUUUGUGUUAAUUGCAUCCCAGCUUCCCAGUUUACAAGGAAAACCCUAGCAGGAAUGUAAAUAGACACACACACACACUCCUUACCCUAUGUAAUUGGACGCCAUCCUGUGACUGCCUGAGAUCCUUCCCCAGCUUCUGAUUGAUUCGGUUGAUUAGCCCAUUCUCCUGGCCACAUUCCUUAAUGAACGCCUGCUAAGAACUACGAAUCUUUUUGUCUUUAGCUCCGUCCUCUAAACUAGCCCCCUUUCACUGAACCUUCAAUCUGAACUUCUAAACAGAAGCCAUAGCAGAGUAAUCUUUGGGUAACACCGACAGAGGGCAGCCAAGCCUCUGGGGAUCACAGAGCUUCAGCGUUUAAAAGGAUUUUUACUAGAGGUAUGCUGGGAAAAGAAGGAUAAACUAAGUCCCAGGUAAUGAACUGUACACCUAGUAAAAAGCUCUACCUGUACAUUACUAACACGCCCCCUUACGAGUUAGUUUCUGCGGGAUUGCUAUACAUGAUGCUCUGAAUUUGGUCCGCACGGAUGUGAUGUUCACAGACACAUCACGUGUGGAUGCUUACAUUUCUGAAUCAGUGUUAUAAAAGCACUCAUAAGGGAUCAAUACAUUCAAUGUUUAUGGAUGGAAGGAAAGAAGAAGGAGGUAUGGCACAGGGAGGGAGCUCACACUGACAGAAGGUAACAUGGAAAAGGUCACCCCUUAGUAGCCCUCAAACUGUGAGCAACAUGGUUAGCAAAUCAGAAUCACCUGGAGGCCUGGUUAGGCCACGGGGGGCGGGGGGGUGGGUGGGGAAUCUCCAGGGUUUCUGAGUCAGCAGGUACCGGCCAGCCAAGGAUUUACCCGUGUAACAAGUUCCAGGUGAUGCUGCUGAGGGUGGUCUGGAGACCACACUUUGAGAACCACUGGGUUCUAGGUCUCCAUGCCCACCCACUCUCAAAAAUCACAUGAUUAAGGAGAUGAAUGCAAGGUUAACACCAGCCAGUUUUCAUUUCUGAAAGGCCAGAAGAGUAUUAUUUUAAAAAUGGGCAGGCAUCAUAGGUCCAUAUCCAGAUUAAAGAACCAUUUUCUGCCCUUUCUUUGACUAACCAAGUACAAUCCAGAUUCCAGUGUCCAUGUCCCCCACACCCCCAAGUACAUGUUUUCUGGGUUGAGAGGAAUCUCAGACCAGAAAAAAAAUUUUUUGUUUUUAGUCUUACUUAUCUUGAGUAAAAUUGAAUUGCAUUAUCAUGACUCAUUUUGGAGGGGGGGGAAGACCUAUGAGAUCAAAUGUUUUAAAUAAUAAUUAAGAUGUUAUUUACCUUUACAUGCUCAUUCUAAGUGUAUGGUGGAGUUUUCCAGAAACGACAUGAUAUGUGAUGAUGUCA